AUGGCUCACAAUCUUUCAGUGGUUCCCAGGAGACCCCUGACCCUCGGCGAUAUAUGCCCAGAGAUCGUCUGUUACAUCGUCGAAAAACUCCUGGAGAUGAACCCCGACCGCAGUAAAAAGGCUUCAUGGGAGUGUAAUCUUUCAAAAGAAAAUCAGCCAGUGUUUAGACCCCUCGGCAGAUACAAGGACGCCCUGAACUUCGCUGCUACCUGCAAAGAUUUGUACGAAUACAUCACUCCAACGAUCUAUCGCCAUGACGUGCGCUAUAACAUGUCCGCUGCGCUCUUAAUCUCUGCUAAACUGGACAACAUCGCUGGAGUUGAAAAGUCUCUCGAUGCUGGCGCGGACGUUCAUACUGGCGACACCACCGAGUCGAUGAGAUACUCUGAACAAGGGAACAGUUAUUGGAUCCCUCUGAACAUCAGGGAUCAAGUCACAGCUCUCCACUGGGCCGCCUACAAAGGCCACAAAAGAAUUGUUCUUUUCUUGCUCGAGCGUGGUGCUAACAUCAACUACCGCGUUCGUCUUGAUAUUACUGAAUGGCAGAACAGAAAAGAUUCAGGCCGUCCUGGACGCCACAUCCUCCUAGAUCAUUACACUAUCAGUUUCUGCACCGAUGAUGUCGCGAUUCAGGUGGAUAUAGCCUGCAACACCCUAGAGGGCAUCGAUCCUGACAUCGUUCGGUUGAUGAUGGAGCAGGGUGCAAACCCUCUCCAUUUCGCUAUUGACAGUCGACGCUGCGACAUGGCUGAGCUUCUCAUCAAAUCUGGAGCUUCCAUGAUCACCCAUACUGGCACAAAAACUCAUGCUCUGCACCAAGCAGUGUCGAACUGUGACUUGGAUAUGGUCAAGCUUAUCCUACGGUAUGAGACUGUUGAUAUUGAUAGUAUCAGGGAUACUCGUCAUGCGUCACCUCUUCACUAUAUCGACGACUUCGACGGUGAAAAUGUGAACGAAACGGUCGAGAUAAUCAAGGCUCUUGUUCAGCAUGGCGCCUCGGUCAACGCGACGGAUGUUUAUGGCAACUCCCCUCUCAUGAUUUACCUAAGAAAUCUGAUACCUAAGGAACCGAUUGUCUCUGAGAUUAUUCGACACGGCUCUCAUAUUGUGGAGGAGUUUUACUUUGAAUAUACGCCUGACCCAGAGAACUUCCCCGAUGGGUUAAAGAGUGCUUUCAGAGAAGCUGAAGUUAGGGGGUUUCUCCUCCUUGCUGACAUACCACUCCCUGCUAAUUUCACAAAUCUCAAUGCGCUGAGGUUAAGGUAUUGCCACUUCUAUAGCCUGGUGCAGGGAACGGACGUAAUACCAGAUCAUAUGGUAGGAUGGGGUGAGGACGAGUGGGAAGGAUACUGGGAGAAAAUGCUGUUUUUGGUUUGCACUUCUGCAUCACGUCUUGGUGGCCUUUGGGGCAUGAACUAUCCAGAAACAUUAUGA